AUGACGAAAAAGAUGAUCGUCACGACGACGGAGCAACAAAAACAAAAUCGCGGGAGCAGCACUGUACGAAACAACGCAUGCGUAUCUCCCUUCCCAAACAUAGGGGGGAGAGGAGACCGCUCCAACCCCCACCCGUCCAUCCGUCCCGAUGCCCCUCGUGGGAAUUGGGAAACCUUUUGCUCCUCUCCAGUCACCUGCCGCCGCCACCUCCGCCGCGUGCCGCCGCCGCCCGUCUGCGGAAUGGUCUGCGCCCCGACGGCGGGGGUGGAGGUGCUGCCGCCUCGCGGAGGUGUCUCCGCCCAGCGCUCCUGGCCGCCGAGCUGCGGCCGCGUCCCCGAGAACGGAGACGGCGAGAAGGGCGACGUCCACGGCACGGCGGACGAGGCGGCCGGCCACGCGGGCGUUUCCUCUGCGGCGUGCAACGGCAGCCUCCCGCGCGACCCUCUUCAGCCGCAGCCGCCAGGGGACGGGGGUGCGCGCCCCUCGGAUGGCCAGGCAGAGGCCAAGGCACUCGAUGUGAUGCCGCUGGCCUUCGCUGCCCCACAGGGAUGUGCCGUUGCUCCUGCUAACGGUUCCAUCCAAGAUGGAGGUCAUAUGGCCGAUUCAUUGAAUGUGGAAGGGCAAUUGGUCAGAGAUGGGGUUGUUGUUAUUGGCAUUGGAGAUGCCAGUGUUGUGGGAAGCAGAGUGGACAAUGGUGAAUUGGAGAGGGAGGGGGACGAGAGCAGAAAGAAGAGGUGGUUGGUAUCUGUCAUGAAUCCGCCUCCCAAGAGGAGAGCGGUCUCAGCCAAGCGCAAAUUUCCGCCUGGCUGUGGGAGUGUUGCUGUUACUGGCAUCGGCAUCGGAGGUCGUGGUGCUUCUCCGAUGUUGAGGAGAAAUGAUUCUAAUCACGAAACCAAAGGCAAAAGAGAAGAGGUCGGAGGUGCCACCGAGGCACACAAUCGUAUGCAAGAAUCUCAAGUCGUCAACUGUGUUGCUCCAGAUGAUUUUGCAGACCGUCAACGAAAUCAUGUUGGUCGUGGUGCUUCUCCGAUUUUGAGGCGAGAUGAUUCUUAUCACGAAACGGAAAGCAAAAGAGAAGAGGUCAAAGGUGCCACCGAGGCACACAAUCAUAUGCAAGAAUCUCAAGUCGUCAACUGUGUUGCUCCAGAUGAUUUUGCAGACCGUCAACGAAAUCAUGUUGGUCAUUGUGCUUCUCUGAUUUUGAGGCGAGAUGAUUCUUAUCACGAAACGGAAAGCAAAAGAGAAGAGGUCAAAGGUGCCACCGAGGCACACAAUCAUAUGCAAGAAUCUCAAGUCGUCACUUGUGUCGCUCCAGAUGAUUUUGCGCACUGUCCACAAAAUUCUGUUGGUCAUGGUGCUUCUCGGAUUUUGAGGCAAGAUGAUUCUUAUCACGAAACGGAAAGCAAAAGAGAAGAGGUUAGAGGUGCCACCGACGCACACAAUCAUAUGCAAGAAUCUCAAGUCGUCAAUUGUGUCGCUCCAGAUGAUUUUGCGCACUGUCCACAAAAUUCUGUUGGUCAUGGUGCUUCUCCGAUUUUGAGGCGAGAUGACUCUGAUGCAGAAAUGGAAGGCAAAAUAGAAGAGAUUGGAGGAGCUACCGAGGCACACAAUCAGAAGAUCCAAGAAUCUCAAGUUGUCGAUGUUAUUGUUCAAGAUGGUUUUGCAGGAGGCCAACACGGCCACAAUAAUCCACGAAAUGAUGUUUCAAACGACUCGCCAAUACAUGGUUUUUCGGAGCAGAUGAAUGAUAGAAGACUAUUACGUGAAAGGAAGCGCGCACCGCUAGUAGUAGGGAACGCUGAGAUUAGAAGCAAACACAAAGUAUGCUUGCAUGAAGGCACUCCAAGGACUCAAUCGGGAGGCCCUCUUAAUAUGAAGAGAAAGGGCAAGAGUGCAGAGAUUGUCAAUAUCAAUGUGACAUUGGUAGAUGAUGUAGGGGUCCUUGACGUGGUGCGCUCGGCAUCCAAGUGUGGAGACCAUGUUGGGACCGAUCAAAUUGAAGAUAAGGAUGAUGUGGGCCUUAAUACUAACAGGGUAAUUAUACAAGCAUUGAUGGCUCCAGACAGAUGCCCUUGGACGCAACAAAGGAAAUCUAUUGCUAUUGUUCCUAAACCGCUUGCUCCUAGGAACAAUUUGAAGAAAAAGGUUGCUACUCCAAGGAAAGAAGUGCGCUCGAAAGUUACCACUUCUACAUAUUCUAGACGCAAGGCAAGAAUGGACGGAGAAGAUUCCUCCUCAAAAGAUGAUGAGAAAUCUUUGGCACUACUUGCGCAUGAAAGAAAUAAUAAAUCAUGCAUCAGCAUCCCUCAGUGCGGUCCUUCCGAUGACGUGAGUGUUGAUACCCGAAGCAAAGUUACGAAGAUUGAUGAGAGAAGUCGAUUGCGCGAUCCAAAGGAUGUACCACUUGUAGCGGUGGUUGGUGAUGUAAAAAACAGAUGUGUAGGAAGCUUGCAAGAAGGUACUCCAAGGACACAUGUGAGAGCUCUUGUUAAUGUGAAGACAAAGGGCAAGAGGCCAAAUAAUGUCAAGGUGAAUGUGAGAGCUCUUGUUAAUGUGAAGACAAAGGGCAAGAUGAGAAACCAGAUUUCAAGAACUCGGAGAGGAGUGGCGCGCUCCUCAAAUAUUAAAAACAUGAAGAAAGGCAUGCUUGCUCAGAAGUUAAAGCGCGAUGGCAUCGGCAAUGACUCCAGGAAUAGGUUCACGAAGGUGUCUAAGUGUGUGGAUCAUCUUCCGACCAAUCAAAUUAAAGAGAAUGAUAAUGUGGGCCUUGUUACCAACAGGAUGACUGUAUUAGCAUUGAUGGCUCCUGAAAAGUGCCCAUGGACAGAAGGGAAGAGGCCUAUUGCUGGUGUUUCCCAGUCUCUCACUUGUAGGAAUAAUAAAUCUCUUACCAUUCGUGAAGGCCUUUGUUUGCCUGACAUAUCUCAAGGAAAAGAGAGCAUUCCCAUAUGUGUGAUCAACACAAUUGAUGGCAUGCUGCCAACGCCAUUUAAGUACAUCACCAAAGUCAUAUAUCCACCCUCAUAUGCAAAAGCACCUUCAAUAGGCUGUGACUGCACUAACGGUUGCUCGGACUCUAAUGAAUGUGCUUGUGCUGUGAAAAAUGGAGGGGAGAUCCCAUUCAAUUUGAAUAGCGCAAUUGUUUAUACAAAGCCUCUCAUAUAUGAGUGUGGCCCAUCGUGCAGGUGCCCGCCAUCAUGCCACAAUAGGGUGAGCCAGCACGGCCCCAAAGUUCCACUGGAAAUAUUCAAGACGGGGAAGACAGGUUGGGGCGUAAGAUCCCUCAGUUUUAUCCCUUCAGGUAGUUUUGUGUGUGAGUAUGUAGGUGAGGUAUUGCUAGAGAAAGAAGCUGAGAGAACAGAAAAUGAUGAGUACCUUUUUGAUAUUGGUCGUGACGAUGAUGAUGACGGUGACGAUGAUGAUGAUGAAGAAUGUUCACAAUCUUCUAAAUCCGAGAUGACGGCGGAGGGCUUGGGCUAUACAAUAGAUGCUGCAAAGUGCGGUAAUGUUGGAAGAUUCAUCAACCAUAGCUGCUCUCCAAACAUGCAUGCACAGGAUGUUCUGUGGGACCAUGAUGACAAGAAGAUGCCGCAUGUUAUGCUUUUUGCUGAAAAGAAUAUCCGUCCGCUACAAGAGCUUACUUACGAUUAUAAUUAUAACAUAGGUAAUGUGCGUAAGAAUGGCAAGGUGAAGGAGAAGAAAUGCUUUUGUGGUUCGUCGAAGUGCCGCCUCAGACUUUACUAAGGUAUUGGUGACUGGUGAUGGUAAUGUUCAUUAUUCAGCGGAGUGCAGUCCUGUCAGCGCAGUGCUCCUUGGUUUUACUCUCCCGGCCACCUUGCAGUUGUCGAUGACUUGUGAUGUUGUUUUUCUUGGUACCCUAGCGUUGAAUUAGUACUGCUUUUUAAAGAGCUGCAUUAACUCUUUCUUUUUUUCUUGUGUGCCAGACUCAAAGAGUUGUAUUCUGCUGUUAGUUUUAUUUUCAGAACCGAACCUGUACUGGGUACAUGAGUUCUAGCUGUAGCUUUUCCAUCACAAAUUUUACCCUGCGCAAGCGGGAGCUACGUGCAUUGGGCUGCCCUUUUAACCA